AUGUUCCCACCGCUAUCUGUACCGACAAUUUCAACAACACUAAGAACAGCAGCAGCAGCUGUUGAAAAUACAUCUCCUUCUCCGUGUAAGACUCCUCCUUUUACUACUCCCAACAUUUCUAUUCCUCCUACUACUUCUCAUUUUUCUUCAUCUUUUUUCCGUUACAUUCUCUCUUCCAUCUCUCCUCCUAUUUUCGUACCCCUCCACAUUCACUUUGUUAAGGAUUUUCUGCUACUGUCACCACCACUGUCAGUGUUUAAUAUAUAUAUAUUAAUUUUCUUUUUCUGGUUGCAUUUUUUCUCUUUGUAUUCCUAUCUUUAUCUCUCGCUCACUCUCUAUCUACUCCUUCCAACUUUUCCUCUUUUCUUAGAAAAUGUAACAAUGCCUUUACCAUUUUCACUCUCUCCAGCGCAAUCUCCUCCUCUAACUUCUCCUCCGUUAGAACGUCUCCCACUCUCACAGGUUUAUCUACUCCUACCACUUCGUCCUCCCACUAUCUGUGUGCUGACUGUUUUUGUUGAGAGGAAAUGUAGGUGUUAUCCUCGCAUUGUUUUCAUUUCAGAAAUCUAA